ACUGUUUGAUAAUCCUUGCCUUCCUCAUUUCAAGAACAGAUAGUUGGUAAAUUAAUAACAAAGCAUUGAUUUUUAUAUAUAGAAUUGCAAGCUCACCGAUAAAACUGGUCUCUGAUGAUGAGAAUCGUACAAUUCGACCAUUGUUUUUUCUAGUUCUCCCAUUUUUCUUGAAUAGUAGUAACAUGGGCCAAGACAACAUAUAGAGAGUAUAGCGAGUACACUAAUAUCCCGCGUAAAACUGUGAACAUUUGGGAAGAAGGGUCACUAAGAGAUUUUCGUGAUGAAUGAGAGACAAAGAUUUGCUCAGCUCUUGAGAGUUUGCUCAAAAAAUUUGUUUUUAGAUCAAGGACUGCAGGUUCAUGCUGCAGCACUAACGAUGGGUUACGGGUUUGAUAUGAUGAUAAACAAUGAUCUCAUAGAUAUGUAUGGAAAAUGUGGCAAGGUUGAGAUGGCAUGUAAGGUGUUUGAUAGAAUGCUUCAAACAAACGUUGUUUCUUGGACAUCUCUUAUGUGUGGGUAUUUAAAUCAGGGCAAUGCCAAAAGCUCUUUAUUACUCUUAUCUCGAAUGGGAAGUGCCAUGGUUAAACCAAAUGAGUUCACUUUUUCUAGCAAUUUUAAAGCUUGCGGUUUAGUUGGUGUUCCUGAGAAUGGGAUGCAGAUUCAUGGGUGGUGCUGUAAAACAGGCUUUGAAUGGUUUCCUGUGGUGGGAAAUUCUAUGAUUGAUAUGUAUUCAAAAUGCGGAAGAAUUGAUGCAGCAGCUCGGGUGUUCGAUGGAAUGCCUGAGAGAAGUUUGAUAACUUGGAAUGCAAUGAUAGCAGGUUAUGCAGUUGGACGAACUGGUGACAAAUCCUUGUUUUUGUUUAAGGAAAUGCAGAUACAAGGAAAAGUACCUGACGAGUUUACUUUUACGAGCACUUUAAAAGCUUGUGCAGGUCUCGGAGAAUUGUGGGCCGGGUGGCAAAUCCAUGGCUUUCUGAUUUCUACUGGUUUUCAAUUGUCACAAAAAACAAUUGUUGCAGGUUCACUUAUUGAUUUGUACGCAAAAUCUGGGAAUUUAUGUGAUGCACAAAAAGUGUUUGAUCAAGUCAAAAGCAAGAGUGUGAUAUCUUGGACAUCGCUAGUUGUAGGCUACGCUCAGGAAGGAAAUUUGUCCAAGGCUAUGCAGUUGUAUGGGGCACUUAGAAAGAGUGGCAUUCCAAUCGAUGGGUUUGUUCUCUCAAGUGUGAUGGCGGUGUUUGCUGACUUUGCCCUUGUUGAACAAGGGAAACAAAUGCAUGCUUACACGAUAAAAAUCCCAUCUGGUCUAGACAUCUCGCUGGCAAAUUCAGUUGUGGAUAUGUAUCUCAAGUGUGGUUUAAUAGAGGAUGCCGACAAAUUCUUUUACGAAAUGCCCAAAAGGAAUGUGGUAUCUUGGACGGUCAUGAUAACCGGUUAUGGAAAACAUGGUCUUGGCAAAGAGGCGAUUAACAUCUUUGAAAACAUGCAGUUAGAGAACAUUUCCCCUGAUGGAGUGACUUAUUUGGCUGUGCUCUCAUCUUGUAGCCACUCUGGGCUAGUUGAUGAGAGUCGAGAAUACUUCUCUAGAUUAUGCAAUGACCUCACAAUCAAACCAAGUGUGGAGCAUUAUGCUUGCAUGGUUGAUCUCCUUGGCAGAUCUGGGCGUUUGAGAGAAGCGAGAGAUCUUAUCAAGAGCAUGCCUGUUAAGCCAAAUUCAGGAAUUUGGCAGACAUUGCUUAGCGCUUGUAAAGUACAUGGAGAUUUGGAAAUAGGACGAGAAGUUGGAGAAAUUCUCUUGAAAAUGGACGACAUAAGUACUGUAAACUAUGUCAUGAUGUCAAGCAUCUACGCUAAUGCUGGCUUCUGGAAAGAGAGUGAGAGCAUUAGAAAUUCAGCCAAGGUGAAGGGAUUAAAGAAAGUAGGUGGACAAAGUUGGGUAGAGAUCGAUAAGACAAUCCACUUUUUCUAUAAUGGAGAUGAGAGGCAUCCACUGACAUCGAGAAUCCACAAAAAGUUGCAGGAAAUUGAGAAGAGAUUGAAGGAAGAGGUGCAUUACGCCUAUGAAGUGAGGUUCUCAUUGCAUGAUGUGGAGGAGGAAUCAAAGGAGGAGAGCUUGAGAGUUCAUAGUGAGAAGCUGGCGAUAGGGCUCGUGUUGGUUCAUGAUGACGGGAUUGAGAAGGAAGAGAGGAGAUAUAUUCGAGUUUUCAAAAAUUUGAGAGUCUGCGGGGAUUGUCAUGAGUUCAUAAAGGGUUUGUCAAAGAUAUCGACUAAAGUAUUUUUGGUUAGAGAUGCUAAUAGGUUUCAUAAGUUCGAAAAUGGUGAGUGUUCGUGUGGAGAUUAUUGGUGA